AUGAAGUUAUUGGGAAUCGAAUCGUAUCUAAAAUCACUGAAAAAAGUGGCUCAGGAUAAGGAAAUUGAUGUGAGAAUGAGAAGAAAUUUGAUUGAAGUGAUCACAAAUGACAGAAUUGCCACGUUUGAGCUGUUGGAUGAGGAGGCUAAGCCAACUGGAAAAACUGAACAGAUUGAGGUGAGAUUGAGAUGA